CCGGUCUUGGCGGCACGGUCCAGCUGCUGAGACCCUCCCGUGGCUAUGAAUGGAUUCUUCGAACAUGCUUUGCGUGGCCUCCGCGUCAGAGGGGAAAUUACGACUACGCGGCUUUGGUCCACAGGGAUUGGCUGCCGUUGACAUAUAACGAUAGAAGCAUUCAUGACGAAGCUCAAUCGCCGCAAACAAACACAGCCAAGUCUUGACCACCUUAAUCCCGCCUACAAGGUCUACCUUGGCAGAAAGCAUUCAAAAUGAUGCGCAGACGCCACAAGAAAUCACGCCGGGGAUGUCUGGAGUGCAAGAAGCGGCAUAUCAAGUGCGAUGAAACCCGGCCACGGUGCAUCAACUGCACGACUGUGGAGAGGGAGUGCCAGUACUCGACCCCUGGAUAUCAAUCACCUUCCGAGACCUCAGGGAGCCCCGCGCCGGUAUCUCAACAGACGCCCUUCCCAGGCUCCGUCUCGACCCCUGCCUCGGUGGCGGCCUCGGACCACAGCAUGCCCGCUCCGGCUCUCUCGCCGGAGGCACCAGCACCACCUAUGCUGGACGUGCGAACUUUUCCUCACACUGGGGACAUGAACGGCAAAGUCGACAUCGUGCACAUGCAGCUGUUUUAUCACUACGUGACCAACCACUCGGUCAUCUAUCCGUUUGUCGAUUACGAUGGUGGACUGAAACGCAUCAUUAUCGAAGUUGCCCUCCGAGAGCCGUUUCUUUUGCACUCGAUCCUCGCAAUGGCAAGCCGGCAUCUGAGCAUGACCGGAACCGGCAACACGGCCUACUACCACGACCUUGCCAUUGAGCUUCAGACGCAAGCCUUGUCUCUAUUCAACAGCUUCGAUGUCGAGCAUUUUGCCCAGUCGAUCGAGCGACGAGUGCCCGUCUUCCUGUUCUCUGCGAUCCUAGGCUUCCAUGCCUUGUGCGACAUGCUGGCGUACCAAGACGACACCUAUCCCUCCAACCUGGCCAGGCUUACAGGAUACUUUCGUCUCCAUCGAGGCAUUCUUUCCGUCAUGGAAGGCCACUGGGAAGAUCUCAAGAAGACGGAGCUUAGCAUCCUCUUUGACCACAUCGUCCCUCGUUGGUAUGAGAUCAGUGAUGAUGACGGGGGCUCGGAUUGCGACGACAUCAAACAACGAGUUCGGGAAUCCCCAAAUCUGGAUGACGGGCAGCGGGAGGCGUUUUUCAAGGUCCUCAAGUAUCUCCAGUGGGUGUUUGAUGCCACGCCCAACUAUCGCAGCCGAGCUCAUAUGUUGUGCAGUUUUGCUGUGAUGAUUCCUAGACCCUUUGUCGACGCUGUCGAGGUAGGCAAGCCUGAAGCGCUGGCCAUACUCGCCUACUUUUAUGUCGCCCUGCAUUUCUGUCGUGACAUCUGGCUGAUUGGAAACUCGGGCCAGUUUCUGUUGACGUCGGUCGCCACUCACCUCAACCAGCUCGGCCCAGAGUGGUCGGCCUGGUUGGAGAAGCCAUGUCAAAUGCUGCGGGAUCGGUCACCCACCGCUCCACCACAACCUCAACGACCAGCGUUGUGUGUGUGUGUGUGUACCGCCGCAAUGGGUCACGAUAUCGUCAUCUCCCGGCCCUCCGAGGCUGAUGCCGGGCGCAUCGCAGAAAUCCACAUCUCCGCCAUGGGUUCGAACCCACUCCUGCAUGCACAGUUUCCCACGCCAGAAGGUCUCCAGGCGCUUCGCCGCUUUCUCGAGGCCGAGACGCUCGACGAGAUUCGCGACGCAGUGUCUGGUGUUUUGGUCUCGCGGGAUGGCCCAGAUGGACCGGUGACUGGGUUCGUGAAAUGGACCUCCCCAUCCCAUCCCCAGGAUGUCAAGCUUGAAAGGGGCGAUAUUGUUCACCUGGAGGGAUGCUGCCGUCGGUUUUUGGAUGAAUACGCUUCGCUCGCCGAGCAAGCCAAGGAGAGAUCGGUGCGAGAUGAGCCGCCUUGCUACCGAUUGAGUUUUGUCUGUGCGGAUCCUGAAUAUCAGGGUAGAGGGAUAGGUACGCAGUUGACUCGGAAGGUGUUGGAGCUGGCCGAGGAGGACAACCUGGCGGUCUACCUGGAGAGCACCGAUGUGGCUGUCUCUAUUUAUCAACGACUUGGAUUCCGUGCUAUUGACAGUUUCGAAAUGCAAAUUCCGGGCCGACAAGAGACAGAGAGGGUGGUUUACAAGGAGGUGUGCAUGAUAUGGUACCCUUCUGGCCAAAGAUAGCAAUUCCCGGCCGACUAACACACAAUGAAUCGGUCCUUUCCCAAUGUCAAUCAUACAUUACAGUCGAUAGUAGCAAAAGUAUUAUCCGGCCUCAGAUUGGCCAAUUUCAGAAAGCGUUGAACAAAAAGAAGAUUCCAACUGAUACAUUUA